AUGGGGGAAUACAACGGAUAUACUACCAAUGCAAGCGAAGGCAAUGACAACACAAACACCAAUAACUACGGUAACAACAGCAACAACAACAACUACCCUUACGCUACUGAUGCCAAUGCUUUGAAAAGUCAUUAUAGGACAACUUCUGAUAUUGCUGCCAAUAUAAAAUUAGGAACACCCAGUAGUGGGAAUUUCCAUCAGGGUUUAUAUCAAUCACCCCCAUCUGCAUUACAUGCUACACCUAUUCCACAACCACCGCAACAUCCGCUCAUGUCUUUACCACCGCCAAUUACUUCUGCUAUGAAUAGUUGUCAAUCUAAACCUCCACAUUCAUCUGUGAAUAACAUCUAUCAUCAUAAUCAAAGCCCUAAUAACCAUUAUAGUGACCAUAUUGAACACAAUAGCUUCACUCUGAGAGCUAGUCCUCAUUUCCAAAUGUUGAGUCACAAUAGAAGCCAGAGUCUGGGAAAUAAUAUACAUCAUGACACAUUACAUCAAUACGGGGGUGGAGCUGACGCUGCAUUUAACCAUGUACCACAUUCUCACAUCAAUGGUUAUCCCUUGAGCCAACCAAAACCAACGUUACCCUUACCUGCAAAUCACCAACAACAACAACUAAAAGAGCAGCAACAGCAGCAACAGCAACAGCAACAGCAACAGCAACAGCAACAACAAUAUGAUGCUCGGGAUACAGAGAAAAACAGCUUACCUUCACAAUAUACCUCCAAUAACAGAUUUGAUUCACUGCUGUACCAUAUGGGACAACAAUCACAAUCAAAUUCACAAUUUGUUCGUCAGUUUCUGCAUCAUUUGAAUCCAAACCAUUCUGUCAAUCUCAAAUUCAUCAAGAACUUGAAUACAAUGAUGGAGAACUGGACAGAGGAUGAAAUGAAGGCAGGUCGAAGAUUAGUUAAAUUUGAUGUUCUGCAUGGGGAGAAUAGCAACAAUACUAUGCAAAUGAUAAACUUCGAAGCUAUCAAAGCUGUUGAUUAUGGUGUUACACAGGCUGUUAUUUCUUGCAUUUAUUGGAAAGAAAAAAAGAAAUUUAUUUGUACCUCAGUUGAUAUCAUUUUGUUACUUGAAUAUUUGGUUCAUCAAAGCUUCGGUAUUGAGGAAAAGAAUCGUAUUAGGAGAAACUUGCAGAGUUUGAAACCAACCACUGUAUCAAGGUCAAACAAGAAUGAUCGGGAAUUUUUCAGUUUAAUCAUGAGUAUGGAGAACCCUCGUCCAAGAAAUAUUGAAAAAGAUUUAAAAGUGUUCAAUUGGAAUGAUUUAGGUAAAGCUAUUGCCAAAGUGAUGUCAAAGUAUUAUGUUGUAUCUUCACCAUCACCAGGGUCUUCAAAUUUAUGGUAUAAUGGUGGUCAUCAGCUGCAUAACGUGCCAUUAUCAGGAACACCAGGACCAGAAGAAGGCGGUGAUCCACCGCCAACACAAGCGAGGCAUACACGAGUAACACUUAACAACAAUGCUCCAUAUCACGGCAGCCCGCCAGUAUCAUACAAACCAAACUUGCCUCCCUUAGCACUGGUUGCUCCAAUCUCAGAAUCAUCAACUCCAAUUCAGUCUCAGUUUCCCCAAAAUCAGUCACCUUCGUACCCUGAAAAUAGAGACGUGACUCGCCAUUCAAGCUCUACUCCCAAUUUGCAAAAUUUUAACUAUCAAGGAGAUCCAAAUCGGCGCACUGACCUCAUUUCACCAUUGAGCGCUCAACAUAGUGGUACACCUUUGGAAAACUCUAGUGUGUGUAGACAAGUAACACCUACAUAUCAUACUAAAGAGUCAAAACAACAGUAUCAUCAUCGUUAUUAUUCGCCACCGGCUGGCCUUCCCGUAACAUUACCACCGCCUAGACUAUAUCCUUCAAGUAAAUUUUCCUACUCCCGGGGUGCAAUUGGAGGAACGUCCACGCUGCCACCACCACCGCCACCGCCACCGCCACCACCACGUGUAUCAAACGGAUCCGCUAUUGAAUCAAAUUACAACCGUAACUCAAUUACUGCUUUUGGAGGGUUGAACUCUUCGCCAAAUGACUCAUCAGCUUUUGCAAGUAAGGAAGAGCUGCUGCUGGAUAGUGACAAGUUCACAAGCAGGUUCAAUCCAUCAAGAGGCGCGGUAUCCUCAUCAGGUGAGUACCCACCAACAACCAAUUAUUCACAAAGUCCAUCACCAGGGAAGGGAAUUGAAGGUGACACCAGUUCUGGCUCGGAAAGAUGCUCCUCCAGCAAUGAUGGUGAUGAUGUGGGCAGUGCGUUAUCGGGAAAUUCGAAGGCAAGCGGUGAAAAUUCUGAUGAUAGUGGACAAACAAGCAACAACAGUGGUACUUCAAACAGUGCCAGCUCACUCAGCAGUGACUCCAAGGAUUCAUCAAGUUUGAUAUCUUUACAUCGUGAUUCUGGUAAUUCAAGUGAAGAAUCAACAAGAUCGAAUUCUGUUCCUGGAAGUGGUAAAUUUGCUCCAUUGAGUUUUAAUAAUAAUAAUAAUAAUAGUAAUGUCAGUUUACUUGGAUCUAAUGGAGGAACCAGUACUUCAACUAGUUCAACAAAUUUGCCAAAGAGUAAUUUACGCAGUUUAAUUGAUCCACAACAAUCACCGAUCAUGGAACAUAAAGUGGAAGAAGGAGGAGAACCCGAAGAGGACGAUGGUAUCAAAGAUGAAGAUGAAUCAAUGGAAGAUGAACUAGAUGAUACUGACGAGGGAAAUAACAAACUCACAAGAAAUAAAAGUUCACAACCAGCCGCCAAAAAGAGAAAGCGGAGAUCACAACGGAAAAUGAGUAGUGUAUGUUUACAACAUCAAGUGCAAAAUAAUGCAACUUCACAAUAUUUUGACAAUAAUCGGGAUAAAAAGUACAUGUCAACUCCUGGCUCGAAUGGGGGUAAUGGAGUUAUGAAUAAGCCACAAUUACCACCAAUUUCCCAAAUACUUAAAUCAGAGUUGUACUCCAGUGAUAAUGGCCCAAUAUCGUCGCCAGCACCUCAACAUCAUCAAUCUCCUGCUAUGCCACCUUCUGAUGAUCCUUUAAUCAGAAAAGUUCAAAACUGGAAAGAUUAUUGA